ACGGCCGGCGCUGGGCGAUGACGCGACGGUGCGGGGCGGUGCGGGAGCGCUGCGGGGAUGGAGGAGAGGGAGCGGCUGUGGCGGCAGAUCCGGCUGCUGCAGGGUCUCAUAAAUGACCAUAAAAACAUUCAUGGGGACAUGCCGCGACCGCUGCCAUCCAUGCCGCCAAGGUGGAACAACCCCUGCCAGCCUGGCUUCAGCAGGAGGGGGACAUUUUCAGCCAGGUACCCCCAGCAGGCUCCUAGGGAUUUCCAGCUGCGCCAGGGUCAGUCCUGGAGGAAGAAAUACUCCCUUGUCAACCGGCCGCCGGGAUCGGCGUGUGACCUUGGAAGUGCCAGCACAUCUCGGGAUUUUGGAAGCCAUGGGGACAGCCAGGCACCCGAGCCAUCAGAAUCAUCCCCAGAGAGACAUGUGGACUUAACCAUGGAUGGUAACAUAGUUGUGGGGAUCCAGCUGCCGCAGAGGGCUGGCCCGUUCGUAGAUAUGAAAGGUUUUGCUGAUAUGGGUUCUUACUGUGAGUUUUCUGGGCUGAAAAAGGUGGUUGCUGCUUCAGGCGACAGUAAAAACGUGCACAAAUCUCUGUACGCGGGCCAAAAUGAAGAGAGAAGACCCUCUCUCUCCAUUUCAUUUAGUUCAUCUCACCGAUUCGUGAGCUCAGAAUAUGUGAGUGUGUCGGAUAAGCCUAGAACAGUACGUUUGGCCAGCGAUGUGGCCGGCAGCUCCCCUGCCUCCUGCAGAAGCACUAGUGAAAGCGCUGUGACACUGAAAUCGGAGCCGCAGCAGCCUUCGGUGUUGCCAGAUCGUGAGCCGGCUCGGCACUUGGUACGGAGAAAGGCAGAACCACCGGCUCCAGGGCAGUCUAGUCGCGAGCAAGUCAGGGAUGUUUGCAGAGAGCCGAAGCUCCUUGGAAAUGGCGAGACAUGCUCUAGACCUGCUCAGGCUGCGACUUUGAUGGUUGGGAUGACUCCAAUGAAGAGCAGGUUUUCCACAGUCCCCAAAACUGCUGGUCUUCAAAGAGCUGCCUCAACAUCUGUCUCCAGCAAAGCUCCAAAGUUCAGGAAAACUAAUUACACAUGGGUCGCAAACCCUGGUAAAUGCUCUCGUACUGUGAAGAGAUGGGUCAGCCCUAGAGCUUCUGAGAGUGCCAAGAAGGUUGCUGGUGGAGCGGACAAAGGUGCUAAACUAACACCAAAAGCAGAGCUGGGAGCAAAGCUGAAGAAAUCAGGACUGCAGUCCAAACUGGGUGUUUCUCCCAGCAAGUACAAGUGGAAAGCCUCCAGCCUCCAGCCCUCGCCCUCCACCUCCAAGUCGGCAUUCAGGUGGCGAUCCGAGGAUCAGAAAAAGCCUCCAGCCCCCAACCUCCCUCGAUCCGGUGCCGCUGCACCGCCUCCAAGCGCUGCAUCUGUUGGUCUUGGCGGGGCGAAGUCCUUCGGCGAUGCCGCGCUAUCCAGUUAUAAAGUGAAGAGUCGGACAAAAAUCAUCAAGAGAAAAGGAAACUCGGGUUCCCCAACAGAUAAGAAGAACAGCUCCUUGCCCACCACACCUCUGAAAAGCCACUUCCAGCUCAGGAAGAAAAACUCCUCGCGGGGGAAACCUUCUGUGACGCUGAAACGCUCCUCGCCCAAGGGCUUGGUGCAGAUCACCAAGCACAGGCUCUGCAGGCUGCCGGCCACCAGGAUGCAGGUCUCCACCAAGGAAGGAGCCAACUUGCACUUCGUAAGGAGCCCCCCGGCCAACAAGGUGAUAAAGACGCGCUACAGGAUAGUGAAGAAGAACGUGGCAUCUCCAGCCUUAUCGUCCUUCGGCAGCCCCGUUCCCAACUGGAAGACGAGGCGCCCUAUGACAUCCAGAUCCCCGCUCUUAAACCAAACGCGCUCAUCGCCUCAAGGUGGCAAGUCCCAGCACGUGCAACAGAGAUGGAGGAGCAAAGGCUAUCGCUGCAUUGGCGGGGUGAUGUACCGAGUGUCGGCAAAUAAACUCUCCAAGACUUCCAGCACCCCUGGCCGGGGCAGAGACCUGAGCACCAAGAGCCCUGGCAGAGCAGCCUCGAGGUUGCAUUGUGCGCCCAGCCCUGGCUCCUCUCCAUCCGGCUGCCUGAACAGAUCAGCUACGAGCCGAUACAUUGCCAGCCGUGCUGUUCAGCGAAGUUUGGCCAUCAUUCGUCAAGCCAAGCAGAAGAAAAAGAAGAAGGAAUACUGUAUGUACUACAACCGCUUCGGCAAGUGUAAUCGUGGGGAGAGCUGCCCCUACAUCCAUGAUCCAGAGAAGGUGGCCGUCUGCACCAGGUUUCUCCGUGGCACGUGCAAGAAGACGGAUGGAACCUGUUCAUUUUCCCACAAGGUGUCCAAAGACAAGAUGCCGGUGUGCUCCUACUUCUUGAAGGGGAUCUGCAGCAACAGCAACUGCCCAUACAGCCACGUCUACGUGUCCAGGAAGGCCGAAGUAUGCCAGGAUUUCCUCAAAGGCUAUUGCCCCAUGGGAGAAAAGUGCAAGAAGAAGCACACGCUGGUUUGCCCCGACUUUGCCAAGAAAGGUGUCUGCCCUAGGGGUGCCCGGUGCAAGCUGCUGCACCCGCAGAAGAAGCGCCACCCAAGAGAAGCAGAAGACGGGGACCGCAGUGACCCCCCCUCCAAGCGGAAAUGGGUGUGGGAGGAGACGGGCAGGAAUGAUCCAGCUCAGCUCCACGAUGAUGGGGAAAUGCCUGGACCCUCCAGCACGGAGCAAGAGGUGAAGUUUUGGAAAGAGGACACCUCGCCAAGCAGCUGGCUGCAAAAGCUGCCGUCCUUCAUUUCCCUCCAGUCCUCAGCAUCCCCCGGUGACCAGGACUGCAAAGUGGAGAAGGACGAGGAUGAGUCGGAGGACGAGCCUGGCAGCGCCAAACGGAAGAGGACUUUGCCACCGGCAUCCUUGUGGGACUCUGAAAACGCCCGUCUCGAGGAGGGUGGCAGAGGCAAACGGCUGCAGAUCAAGCCCCGUCUAUGAGCAAGACCCGACCCCGCAGCAGCCGACCAGCUCAGGAACCACAGAGCCGGGCAUGACCUGGCACCUACCUCAGGACGCCGCGGCUGGACACGGCACCCCCUUCUCAUCUUGCUUUUCCAGGGCAUCGUUUUGGCAAGGAGCCGGAUAGUGGCGUGGGGAAGCACCACCCGUUCCCACUGGGAAGCGGCUUUGUUUGAAAUCUUUUAAUUUGCCAAUAAAUUAUCUUUUCAGCUGGUUUACUGAAGGCGAACCCCAUCGCCAGGCCCCCUUGGAUGCUUGCAGGACUGGGAAGAGGCUCCCAUUCCCAUCGGUCCUCCCAUAGAUUGCGGCUUUGCUGCUGUCCUGGACAUGAGGUGACACGGGGACCUGAGGAGUUCAGUGCCAUCACCCAACGUGCCUGCAUCCAGGUCAGCCACUAUAUUGGGGACGAGCAUGGCUGGUGCUCACGAGUCACCGUGGCGGGAUGUAAUGGGAUGUAAAGCCCUCGUACGGCUCGGCCCCAGUCUCUCUGUGCCAGGAGCCCACCCGCAUCCAUCCCGCUCCAUCCCCUUGGGUUUGGGAUUUCUUGGAGCGGAGCCAUGUGCCGAGAGCAUCCCCUGGUGAAAACGUGGGCUGGGAGCAGUGUUUUGCUCACACCAAAUCCUGCAGCACGAUGGGGUCUCCCGUGGCUGGUUGCACCCUGACCCCCGCCUCUCCCGAUCCCUGCAGGAGUUUGGUGUCCCUUGGGAGGCCCAAACCAGCUCUUUCGGGGUUUUUUGUUGUUUUCUUGGAUCCCUCCAAAUCCAGGCAGGAGCAAAGCACUUGGGGGGCAUCGUGCUGAGCCAAAUACCGCCAGCUGCGCAGCUGCGGGUGCGAUGGGUUUUUGCACCCAUGGGUACAAUUUUCAGGGGGAUUUUGGGGUGGUGGGUGCUGUUCCCCCACACGGAUGUGAUUUUUGGGGGCAGCUGCAGGAUUUCCUCUUGCCAAGAGGUGCCGAGAGCUGGGAUCAGCCAUGUGGGGCGGCCGGAUUUGCCCAUCCACUUCCCCUACAAGCGCAGCACCUUCAGGCAAAGCCCUGCGGGGAAAAGGCGUCAGCAGGGGUGUGGGUGAGCACUGGGGCUCCCUGGGGACCCAGCACCCAGGUGCGCUUGGCAGCGGGGUGGGUGACGGAGCCACACGAUGCCGUGGGCUCAGGUGCGCUGCGCCUCCGGCGAGGGGCUGACGGCUGCGAUUUCCCCCCCCGCAACUGCGCUGCGCGAGUCCCCACGGGGGUUUCCCUUCCCCAGGUGACCCCCCAACGGAGGGGGUCUUGUUGUCACCCCACAUCUACAGGCUGGGGUGCUCCCCCUCCCCGCCGAUUCGGGGCAUGGCGUGCCACCGAAGGCACAGUGUCAUUAAUGCCUGUCACCUCCCUGGGCUCCUGUUUAAGCAUGCUGCCUGCUGCCGAACCAGCAGCUGGGGGUAAUUUAGUGCCACUUGGAGAUCAAUUUGGGGUGGCUGCAUCCCCAGCACCCCCCCAGCCAUUACGAGGACCAGCGGGUUGCCCCGCCAGGGCUGCACUCAUACCCCGGUGUGUGUACAGCGAGCCGUUUUUUAAUAAAAACUUUGUCGUUUCGGUCAAUAUUAAAUGUCUUUUAUUAACCUGUGUGUUUUGAUAUGUAAAUAAAGAGUUUCUUUCCCGGGA